ACCAGGCCCAGGGCCGCGGGAAACAAGGCCCUUUCCCUCGCCGAGGCACCCGUGUCAGCAUUCUGGUCUGGGCCAAGGCUGUCGCAGCACCCGCCAUCAUGCCAUCGCGCCUUCGCGCCUCCGAGAAAAGCCUCCUAGCGGGGUCACGCCCCCUUCCAGAGGUCCACUUGCAUCGUCCUCUCGCAAAGCAGGUGUGUCCGUUCUGGCCUUCGGGUCAGGUGUGGGGACCUCCAGAGGCCAAAGCCAACUCCGAUUCGGAAGGCUAGGAACUCGGCUCCUCCCCCAGCACGAGGCCCGCCCCUUCCCGAAGGUCACUGGCACCGAACUCUCUCCGAAGGGAACCGAAGCUGUGGCCCCUCCCAUCUCCGUCCGAAGCUCUGGCUCCAUCUACUGCCGAACACAGACCUUCAGUAUUCGACUACUUCCGAAGAACUCCGAAGCACUUAGCUCCGCCUCCAAGCUGUCUCCCGCCGCCUUCUGAACGCUGUCCAGGCCCCGCCCUCUUCCCAGACCAUGUCGCCCGAAGAAUGGACAUAUCUAGUGGUUCUUCUUAUCUCCAUCCCCAUCGGCUUCCUCUUUAAGAAAGCUGGACCUGGGCUCAAGAGAUGGGGGGCAGCUGCUGUGGGCCUGGGGCUCACCUUGUUCACCUGUGGCCCCCACACUUUGCACUCUCUGGUCACCGUCCUUGGGACCUGGGCCCUCAUUCAGGCCCAGCCCCGCUCCUGCCACUCCCUGGCCUUAGCCUGGACCUUCUCCUACCUCCUGUUCUUCCGCGCACUCAGCCUGCUGGGUCUGCCCACUCCCACGCCCUUCACCAAUGCUGUCCAGCUGCUGCUGACGCUGAAGCUGGUAAGCCUGGCUAGCGAGGUACAGGAACUGCACCUGGCCCAGAGGAAGGAAAUGGCCUCAGGCUUCAACAAGGGGCCCAGCCUGGGUCUGCUGCCCAACGUUCCCUCUCUGAUGGAGACGCUCAGCUACAGCUACUGCUACGUGGGAAUCAUGACAGGCCCGUUCUUCCGCUACCGCACGUACCUGGACUGGCUGGAGCAGCCCUUCCCCGACGCAGUGCCCAGCCUGCGGCCCCUGCUGCGCCGCGCCUGGCCGGCCCCGCUCUUUGGCCUGCUCUUCCUGCUGUCCUCGCACCUCUUCCCGCUGGAGGCCGUGCGCGAGGACGCGUUCUACGCCCGCCCGCUGCCCGCCCGCCUCUUCUACAUGGUCCCCGUCUUCUUCACCUUCCGCAUGCGCUUCUACGUGGCCUGGAUUGCGGCUGAGUGCGGCUGCAUUGCCGCCGGCUUCGGGGCCUACCCUGUGGCCGCCAAAGCCCGGGCCGGGGCCGGCCCCACCCUCCAAUGCCCACCCCCCAGCAGUCUGGAGAAGGCGGCUGCCCUGGAGUACGACUAUGAGACCAUCCGCAACAUCGACUGCUACCACACAGACUUCUGCGUGCGGGUGCGGGAGGGCAUGCGGUACUGGAACAUGACGGUGCAGUGGUGGCUGGCGCAGUACAUCUACAAGAGUGCGCCCACCAGCUCCUAUGUCUUCAGGAGCGCCUGGACCAUGCUGCUGAGCGCUUACUGGCACGGCCUGCACCCUGGCUACUACCUGAGCUUCCUGACCAUCCCGCUGUGCCUGGCAGCCGAGGGCCGGCUGGAGUCGGCACUGCGGUGGCGGCUGGGCCCGGGCGGCCAGCAGGCCUGGGACUGGGUGCACUGGUUCCUGAAGAUGCGGGCCUAUGACUACAUGUGCAUGGGCUUCGUGCUGCUCUCCAUGGGCGACACCCUCCGCUACUGGGCCUCCAUCUACUUCUGCAUCCACGUCCUGGCCCUGGUGGCCCUGGGCCUUGGGCUGGCUUUGGGUGGGGGCAGCCCCAGCAGGCGGAAGACAGCGUCCCAGGCCACCAGCCUUGCCCCGGAAAAGCUCCGGGAGGAGUAAGCUGCCGACACGCCCUCUGGCGGUCGGGCCAGUUGCCAAGCUUCUGCCUGGGGAUUCUGUGAACCAGGCCGCUGCCUGCUUUCCCAGAAAGGGUCCGUGGUGUGGCUCAGGGCCUGGGGCCUGGGGAGGGUGCCUGUCUGCACUCAGUACCUGCCCCUCGCGGGCCGCAGCCACCAUUCUCUCGGGUUCCCUGCCCGCUGCACUGCCGGCUCCAGAAAGUGUUUCCCUCCUGCAAAAUCCAGAUGCUGUCUAGACGAGACUCGCUUUGUCCCUGCCAAGGUUUUCAGAGAGCUGAACUCUGGACUCCCCCAGACAGCAGGCACAGGCAGGCAAAGUCCCCUUCUCUGCGUCACAGUCGGGGGAGGAGCUCCAGAGUACGAGGAACCUCUUUCUUGUGGCCUUUGUCCCACUUUUAUGUCAUCGCAUCAGUGUGUCAGGCCUGGAAGGGAACAUAACCUUCCAUUUCACAAAGGGGAAACUGAGGCGCAGGUGAGCCGGCCUGGAGACUAUGAUUCCCGCAGCUGCCACCUGAGCCACCUCAGGGUCCCGGUGCUCCUGUAACUCUCUUGUCAUCCUGUGACCUGAGAUGGCAUCCGAGUGUGCUGCUCUGCUCCAAUAAAGUAUGUGGAAGUG